AUAUUUUUUAAAAAACUGUCCGAGGAGCGUGUUGUUAUUAUAAAAUCGCUCUGGUCUGGACUAAUUAAUAGUUCCUGUGCCUCGGUUUCCACACGGACUUGUUUGACAGGAGCGCCCUGUGUCUGCUUGAGAUGGCGGCCAGAUCGGAGAACGCGAGGGCCGAAUAAACAGUAAACCUGCGCGUCUACAACCUUCCGAGAAGCGCAAGCCGUGUCAUUUAUCCCAUAUCUACAUCCUCUAGAAACAGAAGAGCGCCAUGGAAGGCGGGAAACCCACCCUGCCGCUGGUUUACCAGGCCGUACAGGCGCUAUAUCACGACCCGGACCCUGCCGGCAAGGAGCGCGCCUCGGUCUGGCUGGGAGAGCUGCAGAGAUCGAUGUACGCGUGGGAGAUCUCGGAUCAGCUCCUGCAGCUGAAGCAGGACGUGGAAUCGUGUUACUUCGCAGCCCAGACGAUGAAGAUGAAGAUCCAGACGGCGUUCUACGAGCUUCCCCCAGAGACCCACACCGCACUGAGAGAUUCACUCCUGUCUCACAUCCAGAACCUCAAAGACCUGUCUCCCAUCAUCGUCACACAGCUUGCAUUGGCAAUCGCAGAUCUGGCUCUUCAGAUGGCCUCGUGGAAAGGCUGUGUUCACACCCUCAUAGAAAAGUACAAUAAUGAUGUGUCCUCUAUGCCUUUCCUGAUUGAGAUACUCACGGUUCUGCCGGAGGAGGUGCAUAGCCGCUCUCUGAGGAUCGGAGCUAAUCGACGGACAGAGAUCAUUGAAGAUCUGGCCUACUACUCUACCACAGUGGUCACUCUUCUGGUGUCAUGUGCGGAGAAGUCCGGACAUAAUGAGAAGAUGCUUAUCAAGAUAUUCCGAUGUUUGGGGAGCUGGUUUAAUUUAGGAGUGCUGGACAACAACUUCAUGGCCAACAAUCAACUGCUGAUGAUUCUCUUCCAAGUGCUGCAGAGGGAUGAGACGUCUACAAACCUGCACGAGGCGGCGUCAGACUGCGUGUGUUCAGCGCUGUACGCGAUUGAGAACGUGGCCAUAAACAUGCCCCUGGCCAUGCAGCUCUUCCAGGGAGUCCUUACCCUAGAAACGGCCUACCACAUGGCCGUAGCCCGAGAGGACCUCGACAAGGUGCUAAAUUACUGCCGAAUCUUUACUGAAUUGUGCGAGACGUUUUUGGAGAUGACAGUAAGGACUCCUGGCCAGGGCAUGGGAGAUCUACGCACGUUAGAGAUGCUGCUUAUUUGUGCUGGACAUCCCCAGUAUGAGGUGGUUGAGAUCUCGUUCAACUUCUGGUACCGUCUGGGAGAGCAUCUUUACAAAAUGAACGAUCCAGCACUGCACAGAGUGUUCAGGCCGUUCAUACAGAGGCUACUUCACAGUCUCGCCCGCCACUGCCAACUUGACCCAGACCAUGAGGGAGUCCCAGAGGACACUGAUGAUUUUGGGGAGUUCAGGAUGAGAGUGUCUGAUCUUGUGAAAGAUGUGAUUUUCCUAGUCGGCUCCAUGGAGUGUUUCUCACAGCUGUAUUCGACUCUGAGGGAGGGAAACCCCCCAUGGGAAGUAACCGAGGCUGUUCUGUUUAUCAUGGCUUCCAUAGCUAAGAGUGUCGAUCCUGAAAACAAUCCCACCCUAACGGAGGUGCUGGAGCAGAUAGUAUUGCUUCCUGAGACCGUCCAUCUUGCUGUCCGCUACACCAGCAUUGAGCUGGUUGGAGAAAUGAGCGAAGUGAUCGACCGGAACCCUUGCAUGUUAGAUCCUGUUUUGAACUUCCUGAUGAAGGGUUUGCGGGAGAAGCCUUUGGCCUCUGUGGCAGCUAAAGCCAUUCACAACAUCUGCUCGGUGUGUCGAGACCACAUGGCGCAGCACUUCCAGGGCCUGCUGGACAUCGCCCGCUCUCUCGACUCCUUUGCCCUGUCGACGGAUGCUGCCGUUGGCCUGCUGAAAGGCACGGCGCUGGUGUUGGCCCGACUCCCCCUGGAGAAGAUCGCGGAGUGUCUGAGCGAUUUGUGUGCAGUUCAGGUCAUGGCACUGAAGAAGCUGCUGGCUCAGGACUCCAGCAGUGGGAAGUCAUCAGACCCCACCGUGUGGCUGGACAGACUGGCUGUUAUCUUCAGACACACAAACCCCAUUGUAGAGAAUGGACAAACACACCCCUGCCAGAAAGUCAUUCAAGAGGUACCCUUACAUAUCUGGCCGGUGUUGUCAGAGACGUUGAACGCCCAUCAGGGUGAUAACCGGAUAGUGGAGCGCUGCUGCCGCUGCCUGAGAUUUGCAGUGCGUUGCGUUGGGAAAGGCUCUGCUUCUUUAUUACAGCCACUCGUUACCCAGAUGGUGAGCGUGUACCAGGUGUACCCUCACUCCUGUUUCCUGUACCUGGGCAGUAUUCUAGUGGACGAGUAUGGCAUGGAGGAAGGAUGUAGACAAGGCCUUUUGGAUAUGCUACAGGCUCUCUGUAUGCCGACUUUCCAGCUGUUAGAACAGCCUAAUGGACUGCGCAAUCACCCGGACACAGUGGAUGAUCUUUUUAGACUCGCCACAAGGUUUGUCCAGCGUAGUCCGGUCACGUUGCUGAGCAGCAAUAUUAUCAUCCACAUCAUCCAGUGUGCCAUUGCUGCCACCACCCUGGACCAUCGAGAUGCCAACUGCAGCGUUAUGAAGUUCAUCAGAGACCUUAUUCACACAGGGGUCUCCAAUGACCAUGAGGAUGACUUUGAGGUGCGAAAGCGUCUGAUUGGCCAGGCGAUGGAGCAGCACGGGCUGCAGCUAGUGACUCAGCUGAUCAACACCUGCUGUUUCUGCCUGCCGCCUUACACUCUGCCUGAUGUGGCGGAGGUACUCUGGGAGAUCAUGCUCUUUGAUCGGCCGACGUUUUGUCGCUGGCUGGAAACCGCACUGAAGGGUCUUCCAAAAGAAACAGCAGGAGGCGCUGUAUCAGUCACACACAAGCAGCUCACAGACUUCCAUAAGCAGGUCACAAGUGCAGAGGAAUGUAAACAGGUUUGUUGGGCGAUAAGAGAGUUUACAAGGCUGUACCGAUAGCUGUCUUUUACCUGCUGAUGCUGCAAGACCAGGUCAGAUUUUUUUGUUUUGCUAACAUUUGGAGGAAGUGGCAAAGGGAGCCAUGAUGACCACUGUUGAUAAACUAAAGGGAACUCUUGCAUGAAGGAUUUGUGGGACUUGGCACCAUGGGAAAGCCAACCAAUUGGAUUGGAGCUUUGGAGUGGCAGGGUUUCAGGAAAAGCAAAUUGCCUUGUGGGUGUCUCAAGACCGCAGCCCCAUCCCUCCCUUUUUCCCCUCCAAGCACACCGAUGCCAGCUGCAGCGAGAGAGGGGGGUUUCGGAAGGGACAUCGUCGUCUUGAGAGGGGGUGGGCCAUCGAAUGGACAUUGAAACGUAUACACCCAUUUCAACGUCUGCAUCAGUCGGAUUUUUGGGGAUCCAUCAAAAAACAUAAAACAAAAAAAAAACAAAUAA